UAUUAUUCCUUUAAAACAGUAGGAAUAGUGCUGAUAAAUUAUGAAAUAGUGGAAAAAAUAUUUACGGAAGCAGGCAAAGAAAAAAAAAUGAUUUUUUUAUCGCCAUUUGUUAUCUUAUUUUUUGAGUUAGUUUAUUCACACGAAAAAAGAGGAUAUUCAAAAAGUGUAUGUGAAGACAUUCUGAAUGAAGGUUAUUGCAUACACAAUAAGCAUUCGUGUAUGAAAAAUGGAAGAUACAACUAUCGCAUGUAUCACCUAUGCAAAAAAUCUUGCGGUGUUUGUGAAAAAGAAAGUUGUGAAGAUAAACCCGGUGCUUCGUGUAACUUUUGGAACGCUCUUGGCUACUGUACAGUUAAUAAUUUUUUUUUCAAAUCAAUGAAAAUAAAAUGCAAAAAAACGUGCGGUGCGUGUGAUAGUUCAGGGUUGGUACCAGUUACUCAGACAACACCUUUUCCACAAAGAAGAUUUGUUUUUACAACUACACCCAUAACAAAUAAAAUUACGAAAACAUUACCUCCUAAAAGAAAUGAAGAAUGCGGAAAAAAUAAAAUACACGAUGCACGUAUCAUAGCUGGCACAAUUUCUGCUCCUAAUUCAUGGAUAUGGCAAGCUGCAAUUUAUUUAUAUGAAGAACUUGUUUGCGGCGGAACGCUUAUAGCUCCUAAUUAUAUAAUAACCGCUGCCCACUGCGUAAUUUAUGCAAAAAAAGAAGGGAUUACAAUUACUCUUGGAGAACAUGUGCGAGACACUAAUGAAGGAAGUGAACAGGAACAUACAGUUGAAAAUAUCAUUAUUCAUAAUGAGUACAACGAUUCGUCACUUGAAAGUGAUAUUGCUAUAAUUAAACUCAAAAAGAAAGUAAAAAUUAACGAUGAUAUUGGAUUUGCUUGUUUACCAAAUGAACCCCCUCCAACUAAUGCUACAUGUUACUUAACAGGUUGGGGACUUCUGACUCCUGGUGGCAUAUCUUCCAACAUUUUGAACGAAGCUAAAAUGCCAAUCGUUAGUAAUAAAAAAUGCGGUGAAAAAAAUAAAAACGACUUAGGAACAUCAAAAGUUACAGAAAAUAUGUUAUGUGCUGGUUUUGAAAACGACAAUAAGGUAUCUGGCUGCCACGGAGAUUCUGGUGGACCUUUUGUUUGCAAAAAGAAAAACUCUUGGGUUCUUCAUGGAGUUCUCAGUUGGGGCUCACGGUUUUGUGAUGCAAGUCAUCGAUAUACCGUAUUUACCAAAGUGUUUAAUUAUAUGAAUUGGAUAAAUAAGAAUCUAAAGUAACCUUA